AUGCAGGAAGAAUUGAAUGAGCGUUCACGAAGGAGACAAGAGCUCGAAGAUUGGAUAACACGGGCAAUAAAAGCAGGACAAAGUACGCCCGAAGAGGAAACAAAAGGAAAAAAACUCAAAGGUACCAAGGCGACAGUGACAUCGCAAGAAGAAAUCGCCGAAUACCUAGAACAGAACUAUCAUGUGGUAAAACAAGACAACCAUUGCCGCGUGAAUAGUCCGUAUCCAACGCACAUUCGAGAAUACUUAUACCCCGAUGACUACACAUCUCCCAAGUUCAAAGUAUAUGAGGGUCAAGGAAAUGCGCGAGAACAUCUCAGCCGAUUUUUAUCAGCAAUGAACGACAUGGCUAAAGACAGAAAAAUAUGUUUAAAAGAGUUCCCCAAGUCACUUACUGGCACCGCGUUCACUUGGUAUGAUAACCUAAAGGAAGAAAGUGUGGAUUACUGGCAGACUUUAUCCACACUCUUUCUUAGGAAGUUUUACUCAACCAAAAGGAAGAUAACGGCGAUAUACCUGAGCAAGAACGGGUUCCAAACCUUUGUUGAGAUAGAAGAAGCAGCCAAGAGGAUCGCUGACUGCAUAGAAGAGAUGUUGACAGACGCUGUUUGGCGCACCACAGUUAGCGCUGCAACGGGAACCUCACGCAAUGUGAGACCUAAUGUUAAUGAGGGUGGGAACCAAUACCACGUGGAUGGAAGAAACCAAGUGAGGAACGGAGGGAGCAAGCGUGAGUACAAAACACCACCACCUCUCCCAUGCAGUAAAGAAUGCACGAUCAAGCUUCUGAAUCAAUGGGUCGCUGACAGGGAAAUUCAGCUACCCCCAACCAUAGUAGAUAUUAAUAACAUGGACCAAAAUUCGGCCAAAUACUGCUGCUACCACCGAAGAAUGGGACAUCCAACAGAAGAGUGUUUCGCCAUUCGAAGUAUAUUCGAGCGCAAGCGAGCGGCUGGGGAACUCGAGGCGACAAGACAAACAAUUGAGCAUGAUCCAUUCCCUCGCCAUUAA